GUAGCGCGUGUGGCCCCGAAAGUAGACCAGAUGAUGAACUGAGCGGAAGAUAAGACAUAUUCUGAAACCGAAAAAGGACACAGAUCCGCUUAUUUAAUGAUUGGGUGAUGUGAAAAUCUCGAUCGGUGGGAUCUUUCUCGGUCGAGCAGGCUGCAGUGAAGAAGCAGGACUUUCCGUGCCUGUUGGUGUUCACGCUGGCCAUCAAAUGACCAAGUUGUGAAAAGUCGAUCUGCGCUGUCUUUGCAGUUCUUCAGCUCGAGACUUCGAAAUAACAUCAUGGCUGUCUCUGCCUCAUCCUCCAAUCUCCUGCUUCUUCUCCUAAUGUCCUCCCUGGAUUGGCUGUUCAGUCCAGGAUCUGCAUUUCUCAUGGACCGGGAACAUGUGACAUCAUCAGCUAUCGUUGAACCUCAUAUCACAGAUUGCAUAUCGAGUAACCAGGAGACAUUCAGAUGUUGGUGGAGUCAAGGCGACUUCCACAACCUCUCCUCCCCUGGAGCACUUAAAGUCUUCUACUUUAAGAGAGACCUCAGAUUCCCUGACAAUGAUUGGAAAGAGUGUCCAGAGUACAUUUAUCCAAACAGGGAGUGCUUCUUCGAUACACACCACACAUCCAUUUGGACCACCUACUGUGUGCAGCUGCGCAGCCAAAACAACAUCACCUAUUUCAACAAUCUUGACUGUUUCAGCGUGGAGCAAAUUGUACGCCCUGACCCACCAGUUUCUCUAAACUGGACCCUGCUGAAUUUAAGUCCCUCACUGCUAAGUUAUGAUGUCAUGGUCCACUGGGAGCCCCCACCCUCUGCAGGCGUCAAGGUGGGCUGGAUGCGAAUUGAAUACGAGAUUCAGUACAGAGAGAAAAAUACCACAGUAUGGGAAGCAUUGGAGAUGCAGCCGCACACCCAGCAGACAAUCUACGGUCUGCACAUAGGAAAAGAGUACCAAGUGCACAUCCGCGGCAAGAUGCCUGCCUUUACUAGGUUUGGGGAUUUCAGCGACUCCAUCUUCGUUCAAGUGACUGAGAUUCCCAUCGAUGAUUCUACUUUCCCGCUCACACUGGUUCUUGUUUUCGCCAUUGUGGGUGUCCUCAUCCUCUUCAUGCUAAUUGUCGUCUCUCAGCAGCACAGAUUUAUGAUAAUUCUGUUGCCACCUGUUCCUGCACCCAAAAUUAAAGGCAUCGAUCCAGAGCUGUUAAAGAAAGGGAAGCUGGACGAGUUGAAUUUCAUCCUGAAUAGUGGAGGUAUGGGUGGCCUGCCCACUUAUGCACAAGAUUUCUACCAAGAUGAGCCAUGGGUGGAGUUCAUUGAGGUGGAUGCUGAGGAUGCACCUACUGGAGAGAAGGAGGACAACCAGGGCUCAGACACCCAGAGGCUCCUGAGCCUGUCUCAACCUGCCAGCCACCACAUGAACACAGGGUGCUCCAAUGCCGUCAGCUUCCCUGAUGAUGACUCAGGCCGGGCCAGCUGUUAUGACCCAGAUUUACCUGUACAAGAAACCCUAAUGUUGAUGGCCACCCUUUUGCCAGGCCAAGCCCAGGACAUAGAAGCCUCAUUAAAUGUUGUAGAAAGAGCCCCAGCCCCGGAGAGAGGCGAGAGGCCCCUUGUCCAAACCCAAACUGGAGGGCCCCAGACUUGGGUCAACACAGACUUUUAUGCGCAAGUUAGCAAUGUGAUGCCAUCCGGGGGUGUGGUACUGUCUCCUGGCCAGCAGCUGAGAAUCCAGGAGAGCACAUCAACCACAGAGGAGGAAACACAGAAGAAGGGAAAAGUGUUCAAAGGCAGCGCGGACACUGAGGACAAUAGGCAGAAGGAGCUGCAGUUUCAGAUGCUGAUGGUGGAUCCGGAAGGCAGUGGUUACACCACAGAGAGCAUCGCUCAACAGAUAAGCACUCCUCCUGCCCCCCCCAUGCCUGGCGAGGGUUAUCAAACCAUACAGCCUCAGCCAGUGGAGAUCAAACCUGCAGCCAUGGGAGAGGAUAAUCAAUCACCUUACAUUCUUCCUGACUCUUCCCAAUCCCAGUUUUUUGCCCCUGUUGCAGACUACACAGUGGUACAGGAGGUGGACAGUCAACACAGUCUCCUCCUCAACCCCCCUGCCCGCCAGUCUCCCCCUCCCUGUCUGCCACAGCACGCCCUCAAGGCCCUACCUGCCAUGCCCAUGGGGUACAUCACCCCAGACCUUCUUGGAAACCUGGCACCAUGAUAUGUCAAUGCCUUUAAAGAAUAAGGUUGAUUGAGCAGAAAGCCCCCUGCAGUCAAAAAAGCUGGUUUCUACCUAAUUCUGGAUGGAAACCAAACAUUUCACUGCACACAUUCUGGAUGAGUGUACAGGUUUUUGUUUUUCAAAGGGUGCUUAAAGGGAGACAUGGAAAGCUACCAAGCUGUAAUCUUGACUCUUAUAAAUCUGCUACAUCAUUUAAUUUGAUGCAAAGGCAGAGAAAGGUCAACGCGAAAAAACGAUUUGACAAGUCGCUCUAUUUGUUGAGAUGUCAUGAGUCAAAAAGCAUUACCUUACUGCUAAACUACCUGGGAUCGCAUCACAUCUGUCUAAAUGUGUUCAGAGCAAUGCUGUCCCUGUAUGAUUUAUCAGAAGAAGACAAGCACAUUCUAGGCAUGUAUUUUCACACUACACCAAGAAGAAGCAGAGAUAUCUUCUGCUAAAUUGUGGCUUUUUUUGUAUUCAUAAAUACUUAUGUUCUUAUCUCAUCAUAUCAUCUUAUUAUGAGGAGAAUCAUCCCUAAAAGCAGUCCAAAACACUACUAUGCAGUUACUUUGCAUUCCUGACAUUUAUUUAGAGUAUGCUUUUCAUAUAUUUCAAAUAAUAUGUGGCCAAACAUAGAUUAAAUGCUGUCAGGUAUGUUUCUCUAUUUUUCUAGAGUCACAGUAGAGUUUGAAAAGGAAAUGGUAAAAAAAUAUAUAUAUAUAUAUAUAUAUAUAUAUAUAUAUAUAUAUAUAUAUACAGUACAUAUGUGCCCACACAGUCACAAAUUACAGGUAUUUGUGAAAAACUAUUUUAUCACUAUUUUCCAGGCGAUAAUGAAAGGCAAUCUGGCAAUGAAGGAAAUCCCUAGUUGAUUUAGAAGUAGUGGUGACAAAUAAAGGGAAUAUACAACAUUUCAUUCCUAUUGCAUAUUACAGACUGAAUGUCAAAGUCCCAGCAUAUACCAUUUUAUUCAGAUAUGCAUACUCAUGAAAACAACAGCGCUGAACCUAAUUGUUUUUAAGCAGGAGAAAGGAUUUAUUCAAAAUAAUUCAACACUUUAAACCUUUCCGAGGAAACAAUGCUGUAGUAAAUUGAGCACCACCAAGUGCCUUGCUCAAUGGCACCUUGAAGUACAGGGGAGGGGACACACUCAGACAGCCGUUCUGAGAAACAUGAUAUUGCAUUUCAUUCUGCAGCAGCAAAGUCUCACCUUUUCCACCAGCACUCACUCAUAAUUACCUAAACUAAAACCUUAAUGAGUAAGCUUCUUACUUGGGAGUUGUAUUCUUCUCAUGUUGCAUUGCUAUUGCAGGGACAGCAACUGGGACAAGUUGAAAGGCUGUGGAAGUAUGUAAUAGCCGUAAUCAGCGAAUAUUAUAAACACAUUAUCUGCCAAGCUGUGCCUAUGAUGGUGUUAUUGGCUUGCCAUUUCAGUGCUUAGCUGUGCAUAAGUACUUAAGAUUUGUGCAUUCAUGUGUUGCAUGGCAAGUGCUGGUAUGUAUAGGUGAUUUGGUAUAAAUCCACUUUGUGCCCAGCUUCACCAAUAAAAGAAACUACACAUGCAUGAACACCGCAACAUGCAUGCAUACACACUAUAUCAAUACUUUUGCCUUAAUUGUUGUGUCAUUUUGCCUCCUUUACAGUCAUAAAAAUGAUGAGCUGAAAAUGGUUGGAUAAAAUUGUUUUCUGAGGCCACUAAACCGUUAUUUGCACAUGUCCAAUUAUGCUCAAUAUCCAAACCAAAAAUGUUGAUCAGGGCUAUAUUUCUGAAAGAGUUCCAAUUUCUGGUUGGAAAAAGUGAGAAUUAUAGAUGUAAAUAUUUUGGGAUGAACCUGAAUCAUACAUAUAUGUCUAUGUGAUUCCUACUUACGUUGCCCCACAACUUCUUUGUUAGAAAAAAGAAUUGUAGAUCAUAAUCAGGGGCAUCUAUUGCUAAAUCAUUUAUUUAGUAACAUUAGCUUGUAGAGCAAACUGGCCUUUAGUUUAUUGAAAAUGUGAACUUUGACAAUGGUGUUUGUGUGUGAGAGCCUAGUAGAGGAAAACUCUGGUCAAAGUUGUAUGCUCCUGAUAUAUUUUCAUCCUAUAACUUCUUUCAAAAAGAUUUUGACAAUAUGCCUAUGACGAACACAGCAGCAUAGCAUAAUGUUUACAACAAGCUUUCUAAUAGAGGUUCUGUAAUGCAACACAAUGAAUUUUCAUUACAGCGAGUCUGUUUUAUUGUAUAACAUCAGGGCAGCCUACAAAUGAGCACAUCACAACAAAACAUACUUCACCGUGCAAAGGAAACACAUCCUGUCUUUUGAAUGACAUAUUUUUGGAAUCAUCCUUGAGAUAAGCAGGCAAAGCAGUUUGAAUAGGUCUUUUGUAUCAGACAAUCCCAUAACAAAGAGAGAAAAAAGCAAGAGCCAUACAAUGACAUUUUUUGUCUCAACUGUGAAUAUUAUCAAUAUGCGCAAUUUCUCUUUCUUUCCCAUUGUCGGACUCAGAGCUCGGUGUUCUGCUGUUGCUGCCUUUGGUGCUGAUGAUACCAGCAGGUCAUUGCUGUUGCAAAAAUGUCUUAAUAUAUUUACUAGUUCUGUAAAAUUACAAGUAUAUAUUUUUUAUGUCAUUUAUGUUACUAAUCAUAAUAUAUUGCUGCUCGGUACAUGUAUUUUCCCCCAAAGUAAAUAUGUUAUACAGUCAUCUGAUGAUGCUCAUCACACUUUCACAGUGUUCACAGCCAUCCAAAGAUCCCCUUAAUCCCCUCUGUGUACAGUAUAUGAAGGAAGAACAGUUAAAGGGAAAAGCACUGCUUCAGUUUUACCGUGGUGAUUGUGAAUGUGUGCAAAUUGGAAUAUGCAAUGCAAUUACGAUAUCGAGGACAAUGUGUAAAAAUGCAAGGUUUGAUCACUGACUGUUUUUUAAAGGUUACAGUGAGGAAGAUUAAUCUGCAGGUGCUUUUUCUGUUCAGGCUUACUGUACUGGUGUUUACUACAUUGUGUCUACAAUUUUUUUUUUUUUGUUGCCAAUUCACCAAUAAGCUUAUUCUAAUGUAAAGAUUUGCAACUCUCAUUUCAAGCUCAUAAAUGUUAAAGACACUUUACAGCAAGCACUUUUUACACACACAUAUAUAAAGAUAUACAAAGAUAUAUACAUAUAUAUCAUGUAUAUCAUGUUUUAAAAAAAAUAUAUAUAUAUAUAUCAUGUUUAAAAUAGUAUUCAGAUUUUGUAUUUUAGACUAAAUCAAAUAUAUAAAUAGCCUUUUAUUUUAAAAUAGCAUUAUUCUUUUUAUUUGGCACAAUAAUCAGACACUGAGGGACUUUUAGUAUUGAUAAGCUUCAGUUUUGUCCUACAAAUUUGAUGUUUAUGGGACAUAUUUUACACUACCAGAUUCAUAGAAUGAUGUACUGUAAUGGAGUAUUUAAUGUUUCCUAUUAUGGAUACAUAAAGCAGAUAGAUGUAGUCUUUUAGGAAGUCAUAUGAAAAUAUAGGCAAUGUGAUUUGAGCAUUUCAUCAUUAAAAAGUCCAUUUGAAGGGGCUAAAGUGUUUUAUAAUGAUGUGUUUGGAUAUCCAUCUUUUUUGCUUGGCGCAGGAUCAAGGUUGGCUUUUGUCACUCUGUAAGUAAUCUUGAGCUGGAAUUUGUGCUGGUUGUAUCUUUUUUUUAUUAUUAUCACAGAGCGUCUAGCCAGACAUUUUUCAGAUAGUUGGGAAAAUAGUUUAAUUCUUGACCUAAGUAAAUCAUCAGGCUUUUAGAAGACUUUCUUAAGUGGCUCCACUCUAUAUUUCUAUGUGUUAUUUAUCUGUCUGCUUAGAGCCCUUAGAUCCUCCCACCACCUAAAUUGACCACGGUAGAGGGGCAGCACAAGCACUGUUAUUCUCUGACAUGUGUCACGGUUUGUCAAACUGAAGAUAUUCCAACUAUUCUACUUGUCAGAAUCAGAAACAGCUGCAUUGCAGAUGCAUUUCAUUGCGUAUGUGGAAAACUGAACAACAUAAUUAAUCACUUUACUUUAGCUUCAUAGUUGAUAUGACUUUGCCCCCCGUCCAUCCAACCCCCGACUUUGGAGCCACUGUCUUUAACUGUAAGCUACUGCUUUACUCGAGGCCAAAAUGUGUUGAUCUUAGAUGAUUUGAUAUUGUUCUCUUCUCUUACAAGAUGAGCCUUUUUAGUGUUGUAUCUGUGAUCCAUGAGCCUUCAAAAAGUUACACAAUAAAUGUAUAGACAGCCUCUAAAUCAUCUUGUGCAUUUUUUUUUGUUUGUAAUAAGUUGUCCACAAAAAUAAAAAUAAAACAUUUCAAAGUUA